CAGUCCAGUGCAGUCCAGUGUUCGUUAUCGUUCGAAUCGGGUCGGUAUCGAAUCGGAAACAGAAGUUAAGCCGUUUUUUUUUUUAUAAAUUUCGAAUCAUUGAGUCAACUCGUCUGUUGAUUGGAUCAAUUAGCGCGAUAUUCGACAAAACGUUUUUUGUCAGUCUAAUGGAUGGUUAGAAAGUGUUUCCCUGAAAACGACGAGUUGUGUCGAAAACUUUCAACCGAAUCUUUUGUUGUGAUUCCCAAAAUUUGUGAGCCAAGCCGUUUUCAACAUUCAUCAGUGAAAUCCAGCCAGACAAAACCCCAAAGGAAAAAUGCUCAAAUUCAGCGGACCGAAUUGGUUCUCGAAACCACACUCCCGUAAGAAAUCCGGAUCCGGCUCGACGAAGGCAGGAACCUCGGUCAGUUUUGCCGAUCCGGAACAGCAACCCCCGAAGAAGCUUUCCCGGAAGGCGAGGAAGAAACCUCUUUUGGUUUCUGGAGGACAACAACAGUUUCAGCAGCAGCAACCAUCCCCAGAAAGUCCACGGUACUUCCAGCACCAGGUUUCCUGGGCUAGCGAAUCGUUGGCCAGCGAAGACCUAUUUUCGGGAUCGGUGGGGGAACAUAGUAAUAUUUUCUCCAGGCAGAGCAGCGUCCGACAGAGUGGGACAAGUGCCGGCAGUCACAGCAGGAGGGCUUUUUAUCCGCCACCGAGACGUCCAACCAAGAACAUGGUUGAUACGGAGAAGGAAGAGGCAAUUAACUUGCAAGUGGAGUUUGAAUGGGUGCUGCACGAAGAAGUUCACUCGGUAUUAAAGCAAUUACAUGCCAUCCUGGUGGAAUGUUGCCACCGCUUUCCGGUUCCCCUUUACCAUGGGCACGAGGAGAAAAAGCAGGAUAAAUUUAUCCUAACCGCCGCACCGGAGCAGUUGAAAUGUGUCGUUACGUUAACCGGAGAUAGCAUUACCCAUGCUGAUAUUAACUUCAAGGUCCAGCGGCAACAACAGCAAACGCAGCGGACCAGUAUCACCCAGGACUACCCGUGGAAGAUCCAGCAGGUCCAAGAUGCCGCCAACCAUCUGCAGCAGGCCAUCAACCACAUCGAAAAUGUGGACAGUUCGUACCAUUUCAAAACAUCCGACGAGGUGUUGCACAUUCUGGGGAACAUUUUGGGUGCGCUGCAGCGGGGUCGCACUUCGCUCGUCGUUCCGCGGAAGAAACCCAUCGACGAACUGAUGAAGAGCAGGAAUAUGAAAGCCCUUUCGCCGAACCUGCCAGAAGAUUUGGCCAUCAGUUUCUAUAUUCAGAGUCAUAAGCUGAUUUUCGUGGCUUACCAGCUGACCAACUUCCAGGGUACCAUGAAGUUUGAUUCCUGCCAGGCGGAAUGUUCGGUGCCAUGGUUGAACGAGGUGUUGGUGUUGUUCACGGUGGCGCUGCAGCUGUGUCAGCAACUGAAGGAUAAGAUUUCUGUGUUCUCCCAAUACAAGGAUUUCACCGUUGGCUCGCGGUCUCCGUCGGCUCUGUCCUACUGAUUGGAGGCUUCCCCGGUGCAGGACACGCUACUGUCAUGCCGGGCCUAAGAUGAAACAACACAUUUUUGACCGUACCGUCGCUGUAAUGUUUCCACAUUGUGUGUCCUACAGAGUUUGUCCCGUGUGCUGCGCGCGCCAAUCUUAUAUGUUAACCUUGAACAGUAAACAUUUAAAAAAGAAACAAUUCUAAAGUCCGUGAAUAUUUUAUGGAACUAACAAAAAUGAUUAAAAACCGGUAUCUUAAGAAUAAAAUUCAAAGAUUAACUCCUCUUGAUUAGAUAAUUUACGCGAUAUAAAAUAAACAAGUCAAAAGGAUCCUAGGAUAAGUUUCGUGGUCGGCUCCGACAGGCAGUAGAUUUAGUGUCUAAUGUACGACGUACACAAAAUGAACAAAUUAAGAGCCCCGGAGUCGACCGUUGUUGAUUAUAUCUAUAAAAAUCUACUGGAUGUUCGUUAGAGUAGAUUUGUCGCUGAACACCGCUCUCGAAACGUCCGGCAUUUGAUUCGAUUUCAUUAGAAAAGUUUGGGUUUCUUAAUCAUGUGAAAAGAUUUGAAGGUCUCAGAAAACGAUAAAUGUCCGUGGUUAUGUAAAAAUGUAUGGAAAAGUAAUCCACAGAGAAAGUACUUAAAAGCAGUAAGUAGAGUCAGUUUAGAGAAUUGAGUUUGAUUAAUUUCAUACUUGAAAAAUAAAUCACAGUUGAUUGAAGGUAUCUAAAAGCAAAAGAUCUACUUGUUCAGGUGUAUAUAAUAUUUUUUCAAAAAAAAAUUAUCGUUUUCGAUCGGUUUAGAAUAAAAAAUGUGCAGUGUUUCCCACAUGUAAAUAAGUGAUGAGGAAUCUCGAAGAAAAGUUUACGCAGGAAGAAAAAGGUUUAACGGAUUUGGAAAACAGGCAUUAAUAUCCUCAAGAACAAAAAAUUGAUUACUUAUUCCAAUAUUAGUAGAUAGUAAAAACUUAGCAGUAAGAUAAAGCCAAAACUAUUGGAGAACUUAAUAUUAUUAUUUCUGAAAUAUAUAUUUUGUUAAUUGUAUGAUUUUACUUUUUUAUUAUUUUCAUUAUAAAGAUUUUUUUUUAAAUCCAUUAAACUUGUGUGUUCUGAAGAGUCGUUGUAAAACAUAACGUUGUAUUUGAUUUGAAUUUUGUUCGAAUUUAUUUAACUUUUUUUAAAGUUACUCCUUUCUUUAACAAGGUUCAUCUCAGUUUAAAUGGACAGUGAAACAGAAAAAAUAUUACAAAAUGUGAUUACUGCACGGAAUUCUUAUGUAAACAAGCAAGCAUAACAUUAAUCCGAACGUUCAAUAUUGGGGUUAUACUAGAAAACAAAAUGUUGUAAAAUAAUUCCUACCAUGUGUGUCAAUUUGGUUUUAGUUAGCUGUAAGAAAUUUUAAAUACCCCACUUAUAAUUCACAAAGGCCGUUAUUGGAGUUCCCGUUGUUGUAGUAGACAGUUAGAGUGUUAAGGUACCUUAAGUAUUUAAUGUUGAGCAGAUCAAGCUCGAGUCAACGAUCGACGAUAACGAUGAUGUUUAAUUGAAUAGGGAACGCCACAAAAGCCUUUGAGGUAACCUUAUUAUACCUGCUAAGUUUCUGAUGGAUUAAACAUCAUCGCAUUUGUUAAUGCGUAUUUUUACGGUAAGAGCUAAUAUUGCUCCGUUUGAGAUAAUAAACCAAAUUAGAUUGCAAAUGCUACUAACUACUAUUAACCUUACUUCGUAGUCGUUCCUAACUGCUUACAAACACUGGGAUUAGAAAAAAAAACUAUUGAAAUCUUUCUACAUACUUUCAUCGCUUUUGGUAGCAUCGUUUCACUACUAUAACCCUUAAUGCAGGAUGAAGAAUCGACAAUAAAUAUACCUACCCAACUAAAAA